CAAACGGUUUCCAGAGAUGGAUUAUCUUACUUUCUUCUUGGCUAUUCUUCACGUAUACAGAGCUCUAUGUGAAGAGAUGUUUUGGGACACAACUGUUAAACUUGCUGAAAAUAUGAGUCUAGAGUGUAUAUACUCAUCACUGGACACCUUAACCCAGAUGGAGUGGUUCAAGAUCAAUACAACAAGCAGAGAGCUUAUAGCCAUUUUCAGCCCUAUUUAUGGUGGGGUUGUAAAACAACCCUAUACUUACAGGGUUUACCUUUUAAAUUCUACUGCGGCUCCUAAUGAUAUGACCCUGUACUUUCAUAAUGCCUCUGAGGCUGAUAUUGGCUUCUAUUCCUGCUUUCUUCAUACUUUCCCACAUGGACAUUGGGAAAAAGUAAUCCAGGUGGUUGCAUCAGAUAGUUUUGAGAUAGCUGCACCAUCAAAUAGGCACAUAGUAUCCGAACCUGGAAAAAAUGUCACGCUCACCUGUCAGCCUGCCGGGAAGUGGCCAGUACAACAAGUUACAUGGGAAAAGAUCCAGCCCCAUCAGAUUGACAUCUUGACUAUCUGCAACUUGUCCCAAGGGAAGAGUUAUGCUUCAAAGUACCAAAGAGAGAUAUGGAGCAGCUGUAGUCAGGACAUGAGAAGCACCUUCAUCAUCAUGCCCCAUGUUAUGGCCUCUGACUCCGGACUUUACCGCUGUUGUUUCAAGGCCAGCACAGGAGACAACGAAACAUUUGUGAUGAGGUUGACUGUUACCGAUGGUAAAACUGAUAACCGAUACAUUCUCUUUGUGGCUGGAGGGGCAGUUUUAUUGUUGCUGUUUGUUAUCCUAAUUACCACCAUCAUUGUCAUUUCUUAUAAAAGGAGAAGGAGACAGAAAGAAUUAUUUAAAGAGUCCUGGGGUGCACAGAAUAAGGCAGGCAACAACUAUAGAAAUCCCAACCCUACCAAUCAAACGUCGGAUGGUGCCACAGAGGAUGUUUAUGUCAACUACCCAGCCUUCUCUCAUAGGCCAAAGACCAGAAUCUAAGCUUUUUUCUUGAUCUAAGCAAAUUUAUGAUGACUGUUAUGUAUGUGAAUCUUUAUAUAAUCUUUUCCCACUAUUCAGUGCCUACCCUGGAUACCAGUUGACUAAAUGUAUUUAAUUUGAAAGGAAAAAUACUUUAUAACCUAGAGAACUUUCUUAGCAGAAAUGUUUCAGAAAAUAUGACUCUAAUUAGCUUACAAUAAAGGGAAACUUACGGAAUCACAUAAUGGAACAAUCCAGGGGAGAUCAAACUUCAGGCAAAUGUUAUUUACCAAGGUUUAAAUGUCAUCUCUAGAAUUAAGUAUGGGUAUAAACCUGUUUCUGGAUCCCCUUUCAUGGUGUUGGAUACACUUUAUUGGUGUUAGCCUAACUCUUAUACACAUGUUUCCGUUGUGUUUUGAACAACUCCUGGCAAUUCAUAAUCCUUGUUUUUGCCUUGUUAAUUCUCUGAUAGAAUAAGUACCUUUGGUCAUUUGUCCAUCAUUAAACAGGCAUCAUGGCUGGAAAGAAUGAAAUGGUUUAGGUCAAUGAAGGAUCCACCUCUAGAACCAGGAGUUAGGCCAAAGCACAUUACUGGGAGAUUCAGAGUAUCAUUAGAGGAGGGAGAUGGGGCCUGGAAGCUGGGCUGGUGACCAACAAACGUGGACUGCAAUGACAUUCCAGAACAUCUCUUGUUAACCAAUUAAAAAGAGAAUAUGUAGAUGGAUCUGGGUUAGCUCUCUCCCUCCUCACUUUAAAAUCUGCUAUAUCAGCAGAGUCCAGAAGAGUAGCUGGCAGCAAAUAAAUGAAUGGUCAAGAGGAAGAUAAAUGUGAUAGGGAAGUCUCAUCCCUUUUUAUUAUCACAUGAAGUAAUUUCUGAUUUUACAUAGAAUUCUUGCACUCUCCCUGGCCUAGCUUCAUGAGCAAGUAUGGUAGAUGAUGGUCCAAUAAUAAGUUAAGGUUUUUGAUAUUUAAAUUUUCCACUUUUGAGAAUUAUUUUUGUUAUGUAAAUCCUCUCAAAAGAGGCAUCUAAGCAUUAUUAGUUGUUUUUUUCUUAAAUAAUUGUGGAAAAAAAUAAUUGUGGAAAAUCUGAAUAUAGGAAAGAGAAUAUUAGUUGGAAGUGUGGUUUCGGUUGUGGUAGAAACAUGAUGGGGAGGAACAUUGGGAAGCUAAAGGGAAGGGGAACAGGGAACAAAGAAUGGGAAGAUACAGAGAGAAACUUGUCUUGCUCCACAGUUUAGCCAAAGACAACCCUAGUGAUAUCACUACAGAGCAAUUAGUGGCCAUGCUGCCAUUGUCCAAAUUCUAGAUGGAGUCAAACAAUGAAAAGUAUUUCUGAAGCUAAAUAAUGGUCAUGAUCACUUUGAAAACUCGAAUGGUCAUUACUAAAGACAGUGAUCAUUCAUGUCUCAAAUAUUUGUUACGCAUCACUAAAACACUCACCACGGAAAUUGCAUGUAAGUAUCCAACUUGAAGAUUUUUUUGAUAAUUUUAAGUGAACCAAAACCAAAUUCUCAUGUUAUCUAGGAAGAUUCUAAGCUGUAAUUUACAGUUUUAAGUGAGUCAGUGUAUGCUUUAUGACUAUAGCUUUAACUGUAUGCCUGCCCAAUAGCAGUUAUUCUGUGAGUUACAGAAAUUAUGAGUGCUCCUGCUUUCUUCAACAGAAAGGAAAAAGGAAAAAUGUCUACUUCUCAUGAGGUAUUUCCAGAUUCUCAGUGACUAAUCUGGGUGAGAAGGAAAACAUGUCUCCCAACGCAAUAUGGGGAAAUGUAAAUCCCACUUGAACAGGGAAGAUGUUGGGGGAUGGGGGAGUGCACAGUACAACCCGAUGCAACUGUCCUGGUGGUUUCACUCAUGGAAGAUGUUAGCAGCAGAGCCUCCAGAACAUUUGAACCCUGCCUCUUUUUCCAUGGAUGUUUUAAUUUUUCUUUAAUCUGUCACUCAGAAUAUUUACGAGGACUAUAUACUCUGUCCGUCUUCUUUCUGUAUUGUUCCUCUGCAAAGUUUAGGAUUAUUCAGGCAUUUGGGACUCUUUUAAAUCCUGGAAU